AUGUCGCUCCGCUCCCUCGCCCCCGCCCUCCGCGCCACGGCCGCCGCGCGUCCCUCGGCGCUGGCGCUGCCCGCCGUCGCGCGCGCCGCGUCGACGCUGACCAGCGGCACGCCGCGCAUCCCCACGCACAAGGGCCCGACCAAGUACGGCGGCGUCUACACGGUGACGCUCAUUCCCGGCGACGGCAUUGGCGCCGAGAUUGCGGGCGCCGUCAAGGAGGUGUUUGAGGUGCUCAACGUGCCCGUCGAGUGGGAGCAGUUCAACGUCUCGGGCGAGACGCACGGCAGCGAGUCGCUCUUCAAGGAGGCCAUGGAGAGUCUGCGGCGGAACAAGGUCGGACUGAAGGGCAUCCUCUUCACCCCCAUCGACACGGCCGCGCACAACUCGUGGAACGUCGCCAUGCGCCAGCAGCUCGACAUCUACGCGUCGCUGGUGAUCUGCAAGAGCCUGCCCGGCUACCCCACGCGCCACAAGGACGUCGACUUUGCCAUCAUCCGCGAGAACACCGAGGGCGAGUACUCGGGCCUCGAGCACCAGUCCUACCCCGGCGUCGUCGAGUCGCUCAAGGUCUCGACGCGCGCCUCUGCCGAGCGCAUCUCGCGCUUCGCCUUUGACUUUGCGCUCAAGAACGGACGCAAGCGCGUCACGUGCGUGCACAAGGCCAACAUCAUGAAGCUGGGCGACGGCCUCUUCCUCAACACGUUCCGCGAGGUGGCAAAGGAGUACGAGAGCAGUGGCAUUGCGUACGGCGACAUGAUUGUCGACAACACCUCGAUGCAACUAGUCUCGCGCCCCCAGCAGUUCGACGUCAUGGUCAUGCCGAACCUGUACGGCAACAUCGUGUCGAACAUUGGCGCUGCGCUUGUGGGUGGGCCCGGCACCGUGCCCGGCUGCAACAUUGGCCGCGAGUACGCCCUGUACGAGCCUGGCUGCCGUCACGUGGCCAAGGACAUCAUGGGCAAAGGCACGGCAAACCCGGCUGCCAUGCUGCUCUCGUCCACCAUGAUGCUGCGUCACCUCGGCCUCGACUCGCACGCCAACCAGAUCGCGGAGAGCGUGUACAAGGUGAUCCAGGAGGGCAAGGUGCGGACGGCCGACAUGGGCGGCAACAGCAAGACGGCCGACUUCACGCAGGCCGUCAUCAACAACUUCUAAGUGCCGCGCCGUGCGGACUUCCUUGCCUUCGCGCGCGCGUGGGGCGCACGCGCGCGCGAGCGAGAGAAAGGGGAAGCUGAGCAAGCCGAGAAAGCAGGAGGCUACUGCCUGCGACUCGGCGAUGGGUAUAGAUAGGGAGCCGGGACGAUCAAUGACGAUCUGCCUCUCGUUUUGCCGAGCUGGAAGAGACAGAGUGAUAGAGACGCACGCGAGGAAGCUUGAGCACACCUGGCGCUCUCGAGGGGAGGAAGCGCGAGCGACAGGGUGAGCAUGUGGGAGACGCGCGAGGCGAACCCGCGCGCGAGAGUCUCGCUAGACAGGUGCAUUGCGUGUGUCGGUAGCAGCUGCGCAUCGCACGUCUCUCCGCCCGCCCAUCUACGUGCCCUCCGUCUUUGCGGCGCCC